UAUAUUAUCUGUGUCUUGUUAUGUCUUUCAGGUUAUGUUAGUUAUUACUUAUUGGUGAAUGCACAUUGCAAUUACUUGUCGUUUCGCUUCGCCUUCUGGAAAGUAUUUCCUCGUUGGACGCCACUGCGUUUGAAUUAAAGUAAACGACGGUGGUUGAUAAUCGACUUCAAAAUGCAUUUGUUCGUACGUGGUCAAAAUGUGCAUGCUUUGGAAUGUCAAGGAUUUGAGAAUAUUUCACAGAUCAAGACCAAAUUGGCUGCUUUGGAAGAUAUUGAAGAAAAUUUAAUUUCAUUGUAUAAUCAAGGUCAACCACUUUAUGACAAUCAAAUUGUUGGAGAAUUAAACAACUUCAAUAUUGAUUUCAUUGUUCCAUUGCUUGGAGGCAAAGUUCACGGAUCCCUGGCUCGUGCUGGUAAAGUUAAGGGACAAACUCCAAAAGUUGAGAAAGUUGAAAAGAAGAAGAAGAAGAAAACUGGACGAUCAAAAAGACGUAUUCAGUACAACAGACGUUUUGUAAAUGUUGUUCAGACUUUCGGACGCAGGAGAGGGCCAAAUGCCAACUCUUAAAUUGUUUUGCUCUUUAUAUAUUUAAAAUAAAUAAUGUGGUGACAUUUUGAGAUUUA